CAUAACCGAACAGCUGUGCAUGAAUUUGGUUAGGCUACUUCUAGUCAGUCUCAUUACAGGAAGCUGAAUAUAAUAGCCAACAGGCCUGUCAUCAUUAGGCAAAUUGGACUGCCAGUGAAUAGACGACGUGUCAAACACCCAGAGCAGAUGUUUGAACUCUUUAACAUGGAAGCACAGCAUCAUCAGCAAUAUGACAUCAGGCAGCAGUGUGGAUAGGUGAUCGAUGGAUGAGUUAGUCGAUCAGGAGAAGAAUGGAUCCAGUUUGAGCAUCUUGACUGAUAAGACCCUGUCCAGUUGCUGAGUGUGAUCCUGUAACCAUGGCGACCUGUGGGCGUGGCUGUGUCCCUGCAGUGCGUUUCUGCCAGAGGCUGAACCGACUGAAGACCCUGGAUGAUGACUUGAUGGUGACGUCAAUGAAGCGUUGCCUGACCAUGGUGGACCUAGCCCUGCUGGGUGUUGGUGGCAUGGUGGGCUCUGGUCUCUACGUCCUGACUGGCACUGUUGCCAAGGACACCGCUGGACCUGCCGUGGUCCUCUCCUUCCUCAUAGCAGGCAUCGCCUCCCUGAUGGCUGCCCUCUGCUAUGCAGAGUUCGGAGCUCGUGUUCCCAGAACGGGCUCGGCCUACAUGUUCACCUAUGUUUCUUGUGGAGAGAUCUGGGCCUUUCUCAUUGGUUGGAACGUAGUGUUGGAGUACAUGAUUGGUGGAGCCGCAGUGGCGCGGGCGUGGAGUGGUUACCUGGACUCCAUGUUUAACCACACCAUCCAGAACUACACAGAGAACCACAUAAUGAAGUGGAAUGUUCCCUAUAUCGCCCACUACCCUGACCUGCUGGCUGCCGGGAUUCUAGUUGUUGCCACUAUCUUCAUAACCUUCGGAGUGCGAGUCUCCUCUUGGCUCAACCACAUCUUCUCAGCCGUUAGUCUCGUUGUCAUACUCUUCAUCUUGGUGUUUGGCUUCGUGCUAGCCGACCCAGUCAACUGGAGCCAGAAGGAAGGAGGUUUUGCACCGUUUGGUGUCAAUGGGGUAAUGGCGGGCACAGCCACCUGCUUUUACGCAUUUGUUGGCUUCGAUGUGAUUGCAGCCUCCAGCGAGGAGGCAAAGAACCCCCAGCGAGCCAUUCCCAUGGCCACAGCCAUUUCCCUGGGCAUGGCCGCCACAGCCUAUAUCCUGGUCUCCACAGUCCUCACUCUCAUGGUGCCUUGGCACUCGCUCGACCCAAACUCAGCCCUGUCUGACGCCUUCUUCCGCCGAGGCUACAGCUGGGCUGGCUACAUUGUGGCAGUAGGGUCCAUCUGUGCCAUGAACACAGUGCUACUCAGCAACCUCUUCUCUCUCCCUCGGAUUGUUUACGCUAUGGCGGAAGAUGGCCUCUUCUUCUCCUUCUUCGCCAAGGUCAACCCUGUCACCAAGGUCCCUGUUAAUGCCAUCUUGGUGUUUGGCCUCCUCAUGGCCGUCAUGGCCCUCAUCUUUGACCUGGAGGCCCUGGUCCAGUUCCUGUCCAUCGGCACCCUCCUGGCCUACACCUUUGUGGCAGCCAGUGUCAUCGUGCUGCGCUUCCAGCCUGAGAAAGAGAAGACCAGUUCCAAGGCUAACUCCACUACCUCCCCCAACUCUAACCCUGAGCCCUCGCCCGAAGUCUCAGAGUCUCAGAUCAUAGCUCAGGACAGUGGGGAGCUGAAGGAGUAUGAGUCCUUCUCAGACAAGCUGCAGCUGGUGGAGAUGCAGAAGACCAGGGAACGGAGUGCCCCAGGGGUGUUGAAGGCCCGCUGGGAGCCUUACCUGGGCAGGUUGCUGGGGGACUUUGAGCCAGGGGAAGUGGUGGCCUUUUCUGUGCUGGCGGUGAUGGUGAGCUCAGUGUCCCUCUGUGCUGUGUUUGUGUUUGGGAGUAACCAGCUUCAGCUGCCUACGUGGAGCAUCGCCCUGCUAAUAGUGGUGUUUGGCUCAACCUUCCUUCUCUGCCUGGUUAUCAUAUAUGCCCAUGAACCUCAUGUCAACACCAAAACCUUCCAGGUACCCUUGGUCCCAUUCAUUCCCGCUGCAAGCAUCCUCAUGAAUGUGUUCCUAAUGCUGAAGCUCAGCCCCAUGACCUGGGUCCGCUUUACUGUAUGGGUGGCCGCAGGUCUGCUCGUGUAUUUUGGCUAUGGCAUCUGGCACAGUAAGGAGGGCCUGAGGGAGCUGCAGCCCAAGGAUAUGGCAGCCAGGUAUGUGGUGCUCCCCAGUGGCAGCCUGGUAGAGACAGUCCAGUCUGUGCAGCCGAAUGGACAGUGUGACGCCAGCACCCUCCACACCACUCCCUCCCGGUCUGCUGAGCAGCAGGCAAAGAGAUGAUGUGUAAGAAGGGAGCCAUUCUUAUUCAAGUGGGCCAUUAUCGUCUAUCUGCUCCUGCUCAUAUACUUUUACUGCUUUCAUUACCUCACUCUUCUCUUCUCACCCCACUGGCCUCAUACAGUUGGUGUGUAACCCCACAAGGCUCUGUUUCUCUGCAUUAGUAAACACACAUCACAGGAUGGGACUCACUCUCAUUAUGAAACAUAUUUAUCGCUGUUAAUAUGGGAACAUACCUUUUUAUAGCUAUCCAGCAUUGUUUACUAUAUUAUUUAUUUCAAUAAACCAGCACAGGUGUUUUUUUAUUGUUAGCAUUGCUCUCAACUUUAACGUCCCUUUGGCACUCACAAUUGAAUGUUUCUGGAAGAUGGAAAGUGCUUAUGAUUAUGGCAUACAUUGAAUCAUGAUUAGGGCUGUUGCGGCGACCAUAUUACUGCCACACCGGCGGUCACGAGUCAUGAAGACAGUCAAAUUCCAUGUGACCGUUUAGUCACGGUAAUUAGGCUUCUCCAAGCUCUGAUGCUGCUGAUGGUUGUUAGUAGCCUACCAAACUUGCUAACUGCCUGGUACUCAGCACUUUAUUGUCUGACAUCGAUGCAAAUGUAAUUAACCUUUUCAAAUCCUAGUCGCACACGUCAUGCAGCCUAGCCCAAACGCCUAUAUGUUUUGUAUCACAACUAAAGUGGCCAAUAACUUCUUAGAAUUAAGCACAUUAAUCCGCUUUACACGGGGUGCAGAGCCUAACGGGCAUACAUAAGCAAUGUGUAAGUUUCAAGUUUGAGUAAGAUAAUUUUCACCAUAAAAAUGCACCUAUAAUUAAAGCAUUACAUGCAUAAUGCAUUUACAGUCACUUUUGAUAGUGACCUACUCUUAUUUUUGUCUGUUGAAAAGUAAAUGGACAGUUUUCCCAAUAUCUUCAAUAUGCACUUCGGAAUUGUAUAAGGACAUGCACAGUUGCGUCCCUGAUGUGUCUGUUUUCACUUGUAGCCUGUGAGAAAGACCAGAUCACUGCUGGAGAGCCAUGUGAGUGAGAGGUGCUUCGGAGCGUGCAGCAUUCCAGGCCAAGGGCACAACAGCCACUGGACGCAAAAGACAGAUUUUUUUAGGGUGCUUAAUGGCCACACAAAGGGGAUGCCGCCGGGAAAUUCAAGGCAUUAUCAAGUGCUUGUCAAAUUGUGAAUGAGGGACUGAUGUAGUGUGUACAGCCAAUGCAAAAAAACAAAAAGAUCUCAUGCCUUUCAAGCUUUUUUCAAAUCAUCAUUAGUCGCAUCAUGCAGCCUCACAAUGUGUUAAAAAUCAAAACAUAUAGACCAACGUUUGUAGAACAACUAAAGUUACAUUAAUAACUCUAAAUUAAGCAUAUAGGAGUACCUAUUUCUUUGUUAACCGCUCAACACAGAAUAACCGAGUGAGUUUGGAGAAAAUAUCCUUUCUAUUUUAUUCAACUUUGUUCAAUUGUAUUCUUCAAACUAUAAAAUAAUGCCACAGAAUUCUAAGCAAAUCUUGUCUGCUAAAUGAACUAGUGUAGCCCACAGCCAUUUAGCAUAGCCAGGUCAGGACCUAACAUAAGGAUAACUCGGAGUAAGCUAUUCUGUUCUUCUGAAAUAGACCACAUUUUCUUAAUCAUGCUUCUUUAGACCUGUCUAAAAUAAAUAAUGGAUUCAUUGUGAAGGUGUAGGCUAUAUUACAUGGAUUUAUUAGACUUUUUAAAAUGGAGCUGUUCCAAAGGUCUGCAUCAGUGGCUUGUGUGGAAGCCAGAAGAUGCUAAAUGUGUUUAUGUUAAUUAAUGGUCAGUUACGGUGAGACUGGUAGUUAUUUGCUUGACAAUCAUUGGCUGAAAAAUUAUCUAUCUCUCACACACACACAGUCUUGUAUAAAUAACCUUGUGGGGACACAAUUCAGUCCCAUUCAAAAUCCUAUUUUCUCCAACCUUAACCUUCACCCUAACCUUAACCUAACCCUAAAACGAACCCUGGCUCCUAAACCUAAUUCUAACACUAAUUCUAACCUUAGCCCUAAACCCCCUAGAAAUAGCAUUUGACCUUGUGGGGAUGAACAAAAUGUCCCCAGUUGGUCAAAUUGUUGUUUGUUUACUAUUCUUGUGGGGGCGCGCGCGCACACACACAAGCAUUAUUCUCGCCUGAGGAGAGACUAGAUUCUGUCAGUGGGUCAUGUGGCUCUACUUACAACCCCUGUGACCACCUCUGUAGCUCCCUCACGCUGGUGGCUGCUCAGCCAAAUGCAAAUCAACAACAUUGCUAAAGUUUCUUAAACUGACCUUUUCUGUUUUUUUUUUUUAGAUAUUGAUUUAUUUUGUGUAUUCUCCGAACUGUGAUACAUUUCACUGAUGAUGACAUCUCUCAGAUGGUACUCUCUUUAAUUAAUCUGUGUUUUCCCCUAUCUGUGACUACGCCAAUCAGCAUAUCACACACACAUUAUAUUUUGGUACCUCACUUCGUAUUAUAGUGACCUGACUCCACUUGAGAUGGUCAAGUGAAAAUUAUUCUAAUGGUGACUAGGGGGUGAGAAGACCUUUCAACCUCUCACUUAAUCCACAGACUCUUAUCCCAUGACCUUACUCUCUCUUAUGUGUCCCACAUUUUGUCAAUGAACUUAAUCUUUGCUGAGAAGGGUUUUUUCCCAUGCACAAUAACUAGACAGCGGCCCAUUCCCCGUCGCUCUGCUAGCAUGAGGUUAGAUUAUACAACCAGCUGAUAUAAAAGCACAUGGAUUGUUUUAGCUAUUGUUUUAUUCUCAUUUCUCCUCAUACACAAGAGGGAUAACGAGAGUUAUAAACAUAUCAAAUAAAAAUUUCAAAUCAAAUGUUAUUUGUCACAUGCACCGAAUACAACAGGUGUUGUCCUUAACCAACAAUGCAGUUCAAGAAAUAGAGUAAACAAAAUAUUUACUAAAAAUACUAAAGUAAAAAAUUAAAUAAAAAGUAACACAAUAAAAUAACAAUACCGAGGCUAUAUACAGGGGGUACCGGUACCAAGUCAAUGUGCGGGGUUACAGGUUAGUCAAGGCAAUUUGUACAUGUAGGCAGGGGUAAAGUGACUAUGCAUAGAUAAUAAGCAGCGAGUAGCAGCAGUGUAAAAACAAAACGUGAGGGGGGGGGUGUGUCACAGUAAAUACUCCAAGUGGCCAUUUGAUUAAUUGUUCAGCAGUCUUAUGGCUUGAGGGUAGAAGCUGUUAAGGGGCCUUUUGGACCAAAACUUUCCGUUCUGGCACCGCUUGUCGUGAGGUAGCAGAGGGAACAGUCUAAGACUUGGGUGACUGGAGUCUGACAAUUUUAUGGGCAUAUGAUUUAAUACAUGCUUUUUGUAAGGCAAGUACAAACCCAGUGCAUGAUGUACCAGAACAGGGUAUUUGGUGGUGGUGGUUAAAAGCAUAUUGGCAAACAGAGAUUGGGAGUUUUGUCAGACUAUGCCAGCCAUAGGACAUCCCUCAUCCUCAUGAGGCCUCUGUAAUCUGACAGAUUUGCAGCGGUCCCUGCAGCUGCCUAAUAGCUUGACCUAGAUGAUAAAACACAUAUGUGAGAUCACACAGUGCUGAAUUACACUGAAUGUCUCGGAGAGACAGCACUCUCACCAACAGUUACUCCCUUUCCUGUCGGUGUCUAAGAUGUAACAAUGUCUUAAGGUGAUAAUCAUAGCAUUCCAAUGGCUGAAGUUUUCAGUUAAGUCCUGACGAGGUGUUAUUUUGUUACCUAUUAGGUGUAGAUUUGCAUGGUUGUCACAUUUGGAGAUUGUGGUAAAACAUCUACCAUUUAUGUGUUUUAAUAAUGUUACUAAAACAUUGCCUUAAUGUUAUUAGCAGUUUCUAUAUACCACAGCCCUUAGAAUGAUGAAGAAUGAGCAUGAUUCCCUGGCUACCAGCCUCAGAAGUGUCUGUAGCUCAGCUUAGUGUUGUACUCAGAAAUGUUGUUUUGUCUCUAUCACUAUUUAUUAGUUCUUAUAAACAAACCAGUAUGCUUAUGUAAAUAUGACACAAGUAACCAAUGGCCUUAAAUAUGUU